AUGAAAGGUCAGUUGCCAUCAGUGGGUAGCACAAAUGUCCUGAUGUCAAUAUUAGGUGGUGAUCACUCAAUUUAUUAUCCUGUUGUAAGAGCAGUCUCUGAGAAGCUUGGAGGACCUGUGGAUAUUCUUCAUUUUGAUGCCUAUCCUGAUAUCUAUAACGCCUUUGAGGGUAAUGAAUCACGUGCUUCUUCUUUUGCUCGAAUUAUGGAAGGUGGUUAUGCUCGGCGGCUUUUGCAGGCUUAUGAUUAUAUCUCACCAGUUAUGCACUUCUCUCUUUUGGUAGAGAUGAAUACUAUGCUCAGCUAG